UCGUAAAAAUGUCAAAACAACCAGCAUCACAUGUCAAAGCCAUUCAGGCUAAUAUUAACAUCCCAAUGGGAGCAUUUCGCCCUGGUGCAGGCCACCCUCAUAAAAGAAAAGAAGUUACACCUGAAGAAGUAGAGGAGAAUGCUCCUGCUUCAACAGAGGAGGAGAAAGAGAAGAAACUGCUCCCAGGAGCUAAGAAACUUCCAGGUCUUGCUGUCAACUUGUCAGAGAUUCAGAACAUAAAGAGUGAGCUGAAAUAUGUCCCCAAAGCUGAACAGUAGCUGGAAGAAGCAGGUCUGACAAGUGAAACGGAAUGGAUUCCAACGAAUGGAGAAAAUUUCAAAUAUUUUAUAUAUUUGUAUGAAGACUAUGAAC